UCGAAACGGAACAAAGGAGAGAGGAAAAUCUCUGCUCGCUCGGCGACAUUCUCGAAGCCUCUCUCUCACGCCUGCUCCGUUCCCAGAGCUUUCGCGCGGCGCAUGCGUCGUGUAUGUACACUGCAAGUCGCCCACGGCUUUGACGCUCGCGGCAACGGGCGAAACACUUGGGAGAGGCCGGAAAAAGCUUCUUUCGGCUUUUCUGAGGGUCUCUUGCUUUCUUCAGAACCGACGUUGUCUUGUUCGUCGCCUCUCGGUUGUCCACGUUGACUUCUUCUCGAGUCCAGCCUCGCGGGAGAUACACGCUCGAUUCUUCUGACUCGGCUGUCUCCUGAUCCUGAUCCGUUCUUCCGCCCUUUUAUCUUUCUUUAUCUUUCCUCUUUUUCCUCUCCAGUCUUCUGACUCUGCCUACCUUUCUUGUUGGCUUCGCAGCCUCCCCUCUCCAAUCUUCAGAGGCCUUUCUCUAAGCCUUCCCGCUCGCGGUGGCUGCUUUUUGUCUGCUUUUUGUCUGCUUCCCUUCGCUACUCGCUACUCGGCGUCUUCGCGGUCUCGCCUCUCUUUGCUCCGGCCUCCGGUUUCUGCUCCGUCGUCGGCCUUGCUUCUCGCUUCGCUCUCCUCUCUGCACUCCUCUUCUCUUUGUCUCGGUUUCCCGCCGUUCCUCCUCCCUUCGCUCGCCGGGAAGAUGGUGGACACUGCCGCUUCUGCAGACUCCGCGCGGGCGCCAGGCGACCAGGUGCGUUGCGAAGGAUGUGCAAGAGAGGUGAAGCCUGAGCUGCUCUGUCCGACCUGCGUCAAACUCGGCAUUCAGAGCAGCUACUUCUGCUCGCAAAGCUGCUUCAAGGAGAACUGGAAGAAACACAAAGACGUCCACGCCGUCUUUAAGCUCCUCCAGAAAAAAAACCAGGAAGCCGAGACCUCCGCAGAAACCGACCUCGCCAAGUUCAAUCCGCAGGACCGGAAUACUUGGCGCAACGACCCGCAUCUGCGGAACUUUCUUUCUUUUUCCUUCACGGGGGAGUUGAGGCCUUGGCCCAUCCUGCAGUGCAUGCGUUCGGUGCCUCCCCACAUUCAGCAGCCAGACUACGCACUCUCGGGCGUCCCUCAGUCCGAACUCGACUCUCGACGGAAAAGCAACGUCCACGUUCACUCUGAGGAGGAAAUCCAGCGUCUGCGAGAGACAUGCCUCCUGGGCCGCCGAGCCUUGGACUACGCGCACAGCCUCGUGAAGCCCGGCGUCACGACAGAGGAAAUAGAUGCGAAGGUGCAUGCAUUCAUUGUGGACAAUGGAGGAUACCCUUCCCCCCUGAACUAUCAACAAUUUCCGAAGUCCUGCUGCACUUCCGUCAACGAAGUCAUUUGUCACGGCAUCCCGGACUUCCGACCUCUUCAAGACGGAGACAUUGUGAACAUAGACAUCACAGUUUUCUUCAAGGGCAUGCACGGAGAUUUGAACGAAACGUACUGCGUUGGCGACAAUGUCGACGAAGACAGCAAACGCCUCAUAAAAGGCGCCUACGAGUGCCUCAUGGAGGCUGUUAAGCAGUGCCGGCCCGGCAUGAUGUACCGCGACGUGGGCCGCAUCGUCUCCGAUGUCGCUGACAAGUACAACCUCUCGGUCGUUCGGUCGUACUGCGGCCAUGGCAUCGGCGAACUCUUCCAUACGACGCCAAACAUUCCUCACUAUCGAAGAAACAAAGCAAUCGGAGUCAUGAAGCCUGGCCAUGUCUUCACGAUCGAGCCGAUGAUCAACGCGGGCAAGUCUGGAGACCUGCUCUGGCCCGACAACUGGACAGCGUGUACCAUCGACGGACGGCGGUCGGCGCAGUUCGAACACACUCUGCUGGUCACUGAAACAGGCGUCGAGAUUCUCACCAAACGCCUCCCCUGCUCUCCCCCGCUCGACUUCGACGCCUCGGCGUACGACAACUUGUGAACCUCCCCGACGCGUGAUCCAACAACCGGUUUCGCGACAUGCAGCCCCGAGCGAAAAUGACAUCCAGGAGAAAUCCGCCGUGGAACACCACGGAUGGUAGUGGACAUUUACCAGACAAAGGAGAACAACAGAGCGGAGGAGAGCAGAAGAGGACGAUGGUAAACAAGGAAUAUGUUCUAUACCAUAUACAUAUAUAUA